AUGGUGUUCGCCAAUAUUCGCUCCUUUCUCCGUGGUUACGAACUCCCCGCCCUUCCACCACCGCCAUCGACUGAGCGAAGUGUCUCCGACGUCUCCUGGAUCCUACUUUUCCUGCAGGGGCGACUCGGCCUUCAAGCUCCUGUUGCCCACUCAUCAUUCCUCAAGCCGCGUCCUGGAACAGUGGAGUUUGUCCUUGACCGCGACGGCCCCGUGUCGCUAUUCAGCGUGCUCGAACGACACCUCCGUGCACAUCCCAUCGCCACCGAGGUCGGUCAGUUCACCGAUGCUGCACGACUCUUCACGACCAUCUUCACCCACUAUCCGCCGGUUGCAGACGCAGAGUACAUCACCAGCCUGUUACGCGACCUGCUCCUUGUACCAGCGCGACUCAUCGAGGGGCUAUACUUUGAGAAGCGCGCCGUGGAGGACGAAACAGUGCGCGAUAUCCGCUGGGAAGAUGUGUCCGAGCGUACCACGAUAUCGUUUGCGAACAAGUAUGCCGGACUCGUUCCACUACUAGAGCCGGUUAAGUCAUCUCCGGGCAAGCGGAAGAGGAGUUCAACAGUGUCGCGCGUGAUCCCAACAGUGCUCAGCUUCGAGGUACAGAAGGUCCCGCCUCUACCACCUGGCUACCCGCCGGCCCGCCACUGA